GACCAACACAACAGAGGCCGCCGAGUGGACUAACCCAGCCCAUCAUUCAAGCAGACGGCUGGGAAAUGCCGCGUCUGCUGAUAUCUGUCAACAAGUCAUUGCCAGGACCUGCCAUGGUGGUGUACGAAGGUCAAAAGGUCAUAGUUCACGUGACCUACAAGCUGACCAGCCACUCGCUGUCCGUACAUUUUCCACGGCCUUUACCAGAGGGGCACGCCCUGGAUGGACGGGGUCAGCUACGUCACACAGUGUCCCAUAACUCCGAUGCAACAGUUCACCUACAAGUUUGAAGCCUACCCACGCGGCACGUUCUGGUACCAUUCCCACCUGGGGACCCAGAUAGCCAUGGGGCUCUACGGCCCUUUGAUCGUGAAGGAGCGGGAUCCGCAAGCCAUGGAAGAGUUCGUCAUGAUGCUUCAGGAUUGGAACCACGAUAUGGACGCCGAUCUGAUCCACUUUAAAGUCUGGUUUGGGAACUUCAUCAACAGGACCAAAGUUCCCCCAAGUCACUCGCUAGAUGGCGCUUUUUACAGCACAUUUCCUUAUCACGCUGGGUUGAUCAACGGGAAAGGGCGCUUUCACUACGGGAACGGGAGCCACAACGGUGCCCCGCUCUCCAUAUUUACAGUCACUAAUGGUACAGACUACAGAUUCCGUGUAAUCGGAGCCAGUGGCAUGUACCCCUUCAGGAUCUCCAUUGACAACCAUCCACUUCUGCUGGUGGCAUCCGACGGGUAUGACUGCCAGCCGAGGGUCAUCGAGUCGGUCGUAGUCCACCCCGGGGAGAGGUACGACUUCAUCAUCACAGCCAACCAGACGGUGGGGAACUACUGGAUCAGGGGCGUCACCAUGGAGUCGGGCGUCGACCACAUUUCAGAGGCGAUUCUCAGAUACACCGGCGCCCCGAUAGAGGAGCCCAAUUCUACUAGGCGCAACUGUACAGAAGAUGAUAGGUGUUUGGUCAUGAACUGCCCCUUCACCUACUACCCGAAGAACGACAACAUCACCUGCCUACACCUGGAUGACCUAGCCUCGACCAACAGAACCAGUGCCCAGCCCGGCAGCGAGAGUAAGGCGGACAGUGUGGAGGAGGUGUUCCUCAACUUCGCCUUCCCAGGGGACGCCUAUACCCCAGGCUCCGUCAACGGACGAGAGUUUGUGGUGCCGCCCGUGUCGUCCCUCACACAACCCCAGGACAUCACCUCACACUGUCAACCAAAUCAGUGUGGGGAGGACAGGAGAUGUGCGUGCACAUAUACUAUAGAUUUAGUAUACAACAAAACCUAUCAACUAAUUCUCCUGAACAUGGGCAAGGGGAAAGGCUUCUCUCACCCCAUUCAUUUGCAUGGUCACUCUUUUCAAGUGGUCAAACUAGGAUAUCCACCAUAUAACGAAACAACAGGUCAAAUAAUGGGCGAUAACUUGGACAUCAACUGUGGAGGUAACCCCAACAGGUCGCUCAGCUACUGCAACCAGGCCAAGUGGGCCAACAGCUCGUGGGGUGGCAACAACGUACCCGGCCUCAACCUUCUGACGCCGCCCAGGAAAGACACAAUCCUGGUGCCAACAGGAGGGUACGUCGUGCUAAGGUUGAAGGCCGACAACCCCGGCGUCUGGUUCAUGCACUGCCACAUCGAGGUCCACGGCCUGGACGGGAUGGCCAUCAUGUUCAACGAAUCCUUCUCCAGCCACCCCAAGCCCCCACCAUCUUUCCCCAAAUGUGGGUCUUUCCAGUACGACAAGGAGGCUGGCUCGGAUGCUUACACGGGUAAUCAGACUGUCUCCAGUACAGAUGAUGACGAGUACGACAAAAGACUGUUCUGGAUUGUCGUUGGUUGUCUUAUCGGCUUAGUCGUCAUCCAAUUCGUUAUCAUCGUCGUCUUGUGUUGUAGAGGAAAGGUUGGAGGAGGUUCUGGGGAGAAAUAUGAGCUGAGCAACAACUCCAGGUUGUAGCAGGCCAUCUGUGGUGAACUAUAGCAGGCCAUUUGUAUCAGGCCAUCUUUGGCAUCUGUAGUAGGCCAUCUUUGGCCAGCUGUAGCAGGCCAUCUUUGGCCAGAUAUAGCAGGCCGUCUGUGGCCAUCUGUAACAUGCCAUCGUUGGCCAGAUAUAGCAAGCCAUCUUUGACCAUCUGUUACAGGGAAUCGGUGGUCUACACAGGUCUGAUAAAUAUUGAAUGAUAUUUUUAAAUAAUUUAGGCACAUGUUUUCUUCAAAAUGUUGACUUCUGAAUGAUAACACUCCAUGUUAUUUAUAUAAUUAUAAAUAUCUAUUCUUGCAAAUAUUAAGACAUAACACACACUUAUACAUGUAAUUCUCUUUGUGUGUGUGUGUUUGUUUUAGUAUGUAUAUUAAUAGACGCAUAUUAGAAUAUAUAAGUAU